UAAAACUUGAGCCUUUAAAACACCUCUGAAACCUUCUCCUUCGUGAGAGGUAGCCAACGGAAGAAGAAUCAAUCAAAACGGUCGUGAAACGACGGAGAACAGGCUCGCCGGAGUCCGUCGGACAUUUAUACACUUAUAAUACGUGGAGUGGGACGACGGUGGCCAGACUCACGCGUGAAUCAGGGAUGUCGGCCUGGUGUUAUAUCGAAAGAGGAUGUCUCGGGGAAUUGCUGCCAUGGUGCCACGUCUGCUGGUUCGCCGCCGAACGACGGAGGGAGAAGCAGCCGGACUCGCCGUCGCUGGAGAUAGCUAGAAGGGGAUGCAGUCCACCGGACAAGGAGUCUGAUCAUUUCCAUCGCCGUUGGAGAGCCGCUGCUGCCAUGGCCGGAGCUCUUCCCCGGUUCUUCGCGGCUGAAACAACGAAGAAGACGAUCUCUUAGUAGCACUAUGGACGUCAGCUCUCUUUUUGCUUUGAAGAAUGCUAAGGGGAAGAAGAAGGGCCCGGUGGGCACUUCUGCCAGGGAGGAGCCCUCCCAAGCCGCUACUGCCGGUGCUGGCGCCGGAGGGUCCAAGGGUGUCGGGCCCUUUAAGAAAAAGAAUAAUGGCAAGGGGGUCGAGCCCCCAGCCAAGAAGUUAAAAGCCACCGCCCCCGCCAAGCAGCCGACCACUGAUGUGGUUGUUUAUGUGGACGAGGGGCACACCUCUGUCCCCACCCCUCAGGAGCACAUCAACCAGGAGUUCUUCAGUCGGGAGAAGCUGGAGGCGAUAGUGCCGAAGGGGGCUUCUGUACUGGAGGGUAGCCUAAACCCGUCAGCGCUGAUGAGCCAGAUGCUACCCUCGGCUGAUCGCUUGGCCCUCGCCAGACUGGACGAGAGCUCCCUCGAGGCCAAGAUCCUCCUGAACACUGCCUCCUUAAGUCACGCCUAUCUUUUUCCUCUGUGUUUGUUUUUGCUCUUGCGUACUGUGUUUAUCAUAUCUAACCAUCACCCUUGUGGACUGUAGAGCUUCAUGGGCCUCUGUGAGCACCUUCGAAGGGUGGAACAGAUGAAGGAGGCGAAGGGUGCAGCCGAAGGGGAGGCUGCCCUCCUUAGGAAGAAGCUGGCCGAGGCUGAGGACUCUCUCCACUUGGCCACCGAUAGCAUGGAGCAGCGGGUGCAAGCCGCGAGGGCCGAGGGGAUGAACAAGGGCCUGGCUAAGGCCGGGGAGGCUGCUGCCGAGGCCACCCGCUUCGCUGCUGAGGAAAGCCCACGUGGCUAAGGAAGAGGCCGUCUCCAGGGCCCGGGAGGAUGCUAUAGCUGGCUUUACUGCCGAGGGGUAGAAACCCGAAGAACAGAAAGAGUGGCUCUCCUCGGUGGUGGGGGCUUCAGUGGAUGACUGGGUUGGAGGCACCGACAAGAUGUGGCUUGCUAAGAAGGGCGACUCCUACUAUCAGGGUGGGGAGUUUUUUACCCAGCGCCUUAUAUACCGAAAGCUUGCCAGGCAUUUCAAGCUUUCGCCGGAGGAGUUCCAGCCCGAGGCUUAUGGCCUCCCCCCUCGGCAGCGAGACGUCAGGAUUCCGCUUCCCGAAGGCGAAGAGAGACCAGUGCUCUAAGAUUCGGAGACCCUGCGGGAGUGUGGCCUUGGUGGUGACGGGGAUGAGGCCGAAGGCGAGGCUACCUCCAAAGCUACCGAAGGGGGCGAUGUUAUAGCUCCCCUCUUGUAAAAUGUAUUCCCCACCACUUUGUGAUCAUGCUGUUGUACUUUUGGCUUCGGCCCUUUUGUAAUAUACACUUCAACUUUUUCUCCCCUUCGAUGAAUGAAUACCUGCCUUUGGGCUUUUGCAUAUAAUUCGUUUCCUUUGAUUGUUUUUCUUUGGAUGUAUGGCUUCGUUUUUUUUAUGUAUGUCUUCGUUUUUUCUCUGUGGAUGAAUGCAUGUUAGGACUUAGAAAAUAUCUCUCUAAGUACGGUGUCUCCUGCACCCCUCGACUACUAGGCCCAUUUAGUUAUCUGAGCAUUUCACCGAGGGCCCAACGUUCAGGACUUAGAAAUAUUUUCUAAGUGUUGUUCAUCUGUUGGCCCCCCGGCUAAUUCCUUCCCUCUGGUUCUGUGUAGCCUUCAUGAGGUAACUGGAGGCAAGGUGCUUAGGACUUGAAAAUUUUUCUAAGCGUUUGGAUAUCGUCUAGCCUUCGGUACGUGGGUACCCUUCGGUGAGAGAUCAGUGAGAGAGGGAACUAAUCACAGGUUUGUGGAGGAAAAGAAUAAAAAAAUGCAGGUUUUGGAGCAUCUGGGGACGUACCCGAUCGAGUACCACCUUAUACUUGGUCGGGUAUGGCCAAAAGAAGGGGAACCGGGCAUUACUCGAUCGAGGAAGCAUGGAUUUUUGAAAGAAAAUAGACAUACUCGAUCGGGUAUCACUAUGAACCCGGUCGAGUAUGUACAGAAAGUCGAAGUACCAGGGAAACGGAUGCCCAUAUUCGGUCGAGUACAGGGCUCGAAAAUUGAAAAACAAGGGAUACCCGAUCGGGUAUCACUAUACACCCGGUCGGGUAUGUACAGAGAUGCUAAAGUUGAAGGAAACUGAUUCCCACACUCGAUCGAAUACAUGCCUCAAAACGUAGAAAAAAAACACAUACCCGAUCGAGUAUGGAAUGAUACCCGACCGGGUACCGGAGGCAGACCACUCACAAACUUCAUUUUCCAGCAAUACUCGACCGGGUAACAACACAUACCCGAUCGAGUACCGGAGGCAGGCUGCUCAAAAACCCCACUUUCCAGACAUACCCGACCGAGUAACAGCACAUACUCGAUCGGGUAUACGGGCAUUAUAACCCCAAAUCAGCCCCAAACACUUCAUCUUCCCCAAAAUCCCCAACCCAAAUUCGAACAAAACGCCCCCAACCUCCAUUCUUACAUCUUCUCUCUACCAUAUCUCCUCCAUUUCUUCGCCAAAUCAUUCCAUUUCAACACCAAAACACUCCCCUCAUCCUCCUCUACACACUCAUACUCACCAAUCCAAUUCUCCCACAGUUUUCAGAGGUCCGAAAAAACCCUACCCCCACCUUCAAAUUUCGGAUUUCAAGCCCAAAUUCACUCAAAAAUGGCUCCAAGGAAGGAGAAAGGACAAAGCUCCAACACUAGGCAUCCAUCUCGGGCUACGAGGACAUCAUCUUCAUGGACAACGAACACCGCACCCGCUUCAUGUCCACCAUUGAAAGGCAAGUUAAACCCUCUCGCUUUUUAUGCCAUGAUGCCCUAAAUGAAUUAGGAGUGUACAAAAUGACUAAGAAUUUUUUUCAUGAGUUGAGCAUGGAUAAGAUAUUCAAAAUGCAAUAUCACUCAAAUGAAAAAAUUAUCUAUGAAUUCAUAAGCUCAGUACAAUUUGAGAACGGUGAAGAAGAUUUUAGGGAUGAUAAACUCAAGUUUCGCUUGUUUAACCACAACCACUCCAUCACGAAACUUGAGUUCGCCGAACACUUUGGUAUUCCGGUCCCUUACCAAAAAUCUAUAUCCGACAAUACCGCUUUCGGCCAUACCCUAUGGACAAAGAUGACCGGGGAGACUAAAUUUAGCUCCUCCCAACUCUAUAUUAGUCAUGUCCAACAUCCCGUCCUCCGCCUAUUUUUGAAAUUCCUUGCCAACUCCUUGCUUGGACAUCCCAACAACCAUCACACUAGGAUGGGGGAUGUAUGCCUAAUGUCGGUAGCCCUAAUCCGUGUUCACGUGGAUUUCAACCUGUGUAAUCUUAUGUGGCCACAUCUGAAAAAAGAAAGCGUAGCAAAGGGUGCUAUUGUGGUGGGUGGGGUGAUUAUGCACUUGGCCACCAAGUUCGGGUAUAUGGAUAACUCUCCUAUACCCGAUUACUGUUUGAUGAACAUUUCUUGGCUGGGUCACUCGGGCUGUACAUCUUUUUCACACACAGUUUAUGGUGAAGAAAGACCCAGGAAUAUGUACAACUGGCUCAUCCACCCCAAACCCCUCAAAUACUUCCUCCUGCCCAACCCAGAACUCCCCCAACUCCACUACAAAACAGCAAGAGAGGAGCAACAUUACCUCUUCCCACACGCCCUUCCACCACAUCUCCAGGAACCGGAACAAGAACCUCCCCAACACCAACCCGAUUACGAGCCCUAUGCUCAACUCCAUAGCCAUCAAAACAUGGGCCAGGACAUCCCCGGACAAAGUCAAAACCCUCCACCACCCGACUUCUUUCAACAACUUCUGGAGGGUCAACAACAACUGCUUACGGGAUACGCCCAAAUGGACAACCGGCUCAACCGAUUAGAGGAGGAGCAAAGAGCCGGUUUUCAGCGAUUGGAGGAGCUCAGGGAAGCCGAUAGACAUCGGUAUGAGGAAGACCAAUGUAGGUUCUACGGACCUAUGUACUCUUACAUAGCACAACAGGGAUCCUUCCAUACCAUGGCGAACCCCCCUCCACCACCCUCGUGGUAUGACCCCACUCAUUGGGGUAACUUUGGAGGAUCUGGCUCCGGGGGUGGAGGGUACGACGGCGGAGAUGGUGGGGACACGUAUAUGGGAGAUGGUGGCCAAGGGAGCGGCUUCGGAGGGAGCUACUACGGUGGAGAAGGCGGGCACUAGGGACAGUGCUUGAUUCAAGUGCGGGGGAGACACUCAUGAUGGUAUGUAAUUUUUAUUCCCACCUAGCACUAUGCAUGUAAUUCUUUUGAACUGUUACACAAAAAAAAAAUAAAAGAAAAUAAAUGCAAGUUAGGUUGAAAACCCAACAAAAUGGGCGAUCUAAGCAAAAAGGGCUUAUAAAAAAAAUGAGUGAGUUGGGGAGAAUGGAAAAUGAAAAGAGAUGCUAGGAUGAAAACCUGAAAAGGCUCCUAGGCAAAAUGAGAGAUAUGAGAGAAAUGUUUGUUUUUGCAGGCACUCAUUGUAUCUCUGUGAAAAAUAAGAAGAUUCAGAUAUCAAAGACAAAGAAGAAGAGAGGAGGAGAAGAGAAGAUAACACUAGAAGGCCAUUAAACCCAAGAUGUUCUUUGUAAUUUGAGUUUAAAACUCAUUUUUUCUUUGUCAUCCUUGGUGGUCUUUGUGUUUGUAUGUUGUUUUUGUUGAACUGUGGAAAUUUUGGAGAAACUUGACACUUGUGAACAUUUGAUCUUACUCGAGACGAGUAAAGGUUUAAGUGUGGGGGAGUUGAUACGUUUGUAAUUUCCAUAUUUAUGUUUGUGUUUUUAAUUAGUUUUGCUUGAUCUUUACUAUGGAAAUUACACACUUUUGGUGUAAUAGAUUAGUUUGUUAAAUUCUUGUAAAUAGGUUAGAUUAGAUAUAUUCUGAGCUCAAACAGGUCUUGAUCACUCGAAGUAUAGUUGGUGAACCCAAAGAGUGGAAAGAAGGUGCAAAAAUUUGAAGACAAAAGAAGAUCCUGAAUUUUGGUCUAUACUCGGUCGAGUAUUAACUAUACUCGAUCGGGUAUUAGGUUGGAACUUCAAAUCGGAUCAGAUCCGAAGACAAGGGAACAUGCCGGGAAGAUUUCAGCCACGAUUUAAUGUCUAUACCCGAUCGGGUAGACCGACAUACCCGAUCGGGUAUGCCUUUGAGUUUUAAACGAAGAUCGGUCGAGUAUGGUCCGAAUACCAUUUUCUAAGCAUACUCGACCGGAUAUUAAUAUAUACUCGAUCGGGUAUACUUAUGGAAAACAGCCUGAAACCGGUCGAGUAUACCUCGGAUCGAGUAUUACACACAUACUCGAUCGGGUACCAUGUAUAUACCCGAUCGAGUACCCGAAUCCCAUCCCAAAAGCCUAUAAAUACACCUCCUUUCCUUCACAAAAAGAUAUCCAAUUCCUUUGUACAUCUAAGCUCAGUAUAGAAUAGUUCUUUCUUUAUAUUUUUCAUCAUGUUUAGUCUCCAAAUGAGGAGCUAAACUCUUCCAUCUUGGUUUUGCUACUUUGAAGCUUAAUGAAUUUAUAAGUUGUGAGUUAUUUUCUUUAAUCUUGUUCCUUGAAUAUUAAUUCUUCCUUUAAAAUACUAUUUCUAUAUCAAAGUUGGGGAGUGUUACUAAGAUGACAAUUAGUUAACAUCUUGACAUUGGUCAUAGUAAUAACU